AUUGGCAAGGCUCGACUUAAACGGGAGCAUCUGAAGGUUUUUAGAAUGAGCGGAACUAACAACAACAACAACAAGAUGUCUCAUCUUGAACAGUUUGUAAUGAAUGAAGAACUGGAACCUUUAACUGGUACUGCAAAGUUCAGACACGAGAUGUCGAAGAGCAAGGUUGCCCGCUUCUUCAGAAAAUACUUUCUUGAAGGACAAAAGCUGGAUGAAACUGCUGAAAAGGCCUUAAAGGAACUGCCUGAGGAUGCUCCUUGGUCUCAGAAGCUUCUUGUCAAGCAUCGUAGACUAGUAGGAAUUUUGAUUCCCUUGACCUUUGUCCAGCUACUCUGGUGGAUGCAGGCAAUAAGGUUCGAUUAUUUCUCCCUGUUCCCAGACCGGUAUCUUAUGAGUAUUACAAUGGUGUUUGGAGCUUCAGUUGCAGGAAUGACAAGUGAAGGCGGGGGUGCAGUUGCUUUUCCUGUGAUGACACUUGCGCUAGCCAUUGCCCCUGAAGUAGCGAGAGAUUUUUCACUCAUGAUCCAGUCUAUAGGAAUGACAUCUGCAUCCUUCACUAUUCUUUGGAUGAAAAUCAAAUUAGAAUAUAAUUCUAUAUUGUUCUGCGGAAUUGGAGCCACAGGAGGAAUUAUUCUAGGAAUAGAGGUGAUUGAUGGAUUGCUGAGCGGACCAGUGAAGAAGCUAGGAUUUGUCUGUAUUUGGUUCAGCUUUGCUUUCUCUCUCUUCCUGCUAAACAGGGAGCACAAGAGGAAAACCUUUGAUAAAAUCCAGAAUAUGACUGUUUGGAAACGAAUCUGUUUGAUCCUGGCAGGGGUUAUUGGAGGUAAAAUUCAGGGAGGUUGGGUGUUUUUUUGUGAUUACAAAUAAAUAAACAUAUGUUAG